CUCCUAGUAUAACAACAGAGCAAACCUCAACAACAACUUGAACUUGAAGGACCAACCAUGGCGCUCAGUUGUAAAGUGAUAGUUGCAGCUGUCUUUGUUGUAUUCUUUUGCGUUAUCACAGAAUGUACGACAUUAAAUGGGCUAUGGGUGGAACACAAAGACAACAAUUCCAAGAUGCUCUGUGGGGACCCGCAACCAAGGGCUGUCUACGGCAAAGAAAUUUUUAGUAAAGAUUUGUGGAAUAAGGAGUAUAAGAAAUAUAAAAAAUGGAUACCGAAGAUGAACCCGCCGUACACUAUUCUACACAGAUGCGAAGGUAGUGGAGGAUGUAGUGAAGAUAAUAAAGAUAAAAAUAAUAAAAGAAGAUGCCAAGUAAACGGAAUGAAUACAGUAUGGAAGGUAUUUAGAUUUGGUAAUGGCACAUUGGAGUCUUUGCCAGUUGUAAAUCACACAUCAUGUAUGUGCGGAUGAUUAUUAUAAUUCUCUCAUUAGAUGAGUUAGGACCGUUUUGUACAGUUUAUCCCAAACCCUUUUUUCAGUUAAAAUUUAGAGAUUUGUAGAUAGUAUAAAUUAUUAAUUUUUGUUAUUUUUGUAUAGUUUAUAUGUAUGUUUACAAUAAAGUUAUUUAGCAA